UUCUUAAAACAAAAUAACAAAAAAGCCUAAACAGCUAGCUCUUGUACUUUUCAAGUGUUCCCCAACCAAAUUGGCUUUAAACAUAUUCUUAAAGAUUAAAAUACCUUUAAAAAACAAGCUUUCAAAUCCCGAUACUAUCGAUAGUAUUGAAUACUUUCACCUUUCGAAAACAUCGAAAUGUAGGCCAGCUCUAAUACAAAACAUAAACACAACUUUGGAGCUAACAAAACUACAAAUAAAUUUCCAACUUUCAUAACUCUCACAACGCUCCAAAAUGGAAUCUCCCAGUGCCCAGACACUGGCCAAGUCUCUGGGGGAUUCGGGCAGGAGCGGGAACAGCACAACCAACAACAACAGAGACAGCGACACCAUGACCAUCUACCACGAGCGCCAGACGCGACACCUGUGCGGCCUGCACGCUCUCAACAAUCUGUUCCAGCGCCCCGGCAUGUUCUCCAAGGCGGAACUGGACGAGUACUGCACCACGCUAACGCCACGCUCCUGGCUAAAUCCGCAUCGCUCCUGGAUCGGCUGGGGCAACUACGAUGUCAAUGUGAUUAUGUAUGCGGUACAGCAGCGAAAUCGCGAGGUUGUGUGGUUCGACCGACGGCGGGAUCCGAGUUGCCUGGACCUCACAGCCAUAUUUGGCUUUAUACUCAAUGUGCCCUCGCAGAUGACCAUUGGCCAGUUGGUGCCGCUGCCCUUCCAGAUGCGCCACUGGCUGGCCGUGCGCCGCAUCAAUGGCAGCUACUAUAAUUUGGACUCUAAGCUGCGCCAGCCCGCCUGCCUGGGCUCAGAUGAUGGCCAGUUCCUGGACUACCUGCGUGAACACCUACAGCCGGACAAUGAUCACGAACUGUUACUGGUCCUGGACGCUGUGAAGGAAUCCUCGGCGUCGGGGACGGCGGAGAUCAAGGAGCGUUGGCUGCUGCCGCAGUUUAGGGAUUAAGAUUAAGCUUAUUAUUUGGUAUUGUUUACGGAAAAUAAAAAUUAAACUAAAGCCAUUGA